UCUUUGGAGAGGUGGUGAAGGCGCCGUGCCGAGCCGGGACGGAGGAUGAGGAGGAGGAGGAGGAGGCGGGCAGGAGGGAGACUCCCGAGGACAGGGAAGUCCGGCGGCAGCUGGCGCGGAAGAGAAAUGGGAGAAAAGUUAAGUGACCCCGGACGCCCACCCACCACGUAAAUCGGCAGUUGUGAAGACGGUGCCACGGUGGUUUCCCCUCCUCCCGCCCCUAGGCACGGCCCAGUACGGCCUUCCACCUCGGCAGAGUGCGUCUCAGACGACUUAGGGAGGUGCGGCUUCUUCGAAGACAGACAAAAACAUCUCUGGAAGUUUCUCUGCUAGAAAAAUAUCCUUGUUCCAAGUUUAUAAUUGCUAUAGGAAAUAAUGCAGUAGCAUUUUUGUCAUCGUUUGUUAUGAAUUCAGGCGUCUGGGAAGAAGUUGGUUGUGCUAAACUCUGGAAUGAAUGGUGUAGAACAGUGGACACUGCACACCUGUCCCCUUCAGAGGCUUUUUGUGUGUUUUAUCACCUAAAAUCAAAUCCCUUGGUGUUUGUCUGUCAGUGCAGUUGCUAUGUUGCUGAAGAUCAGCAGUAUCAGUGGCUGGAAAAGGUUUUUGGCUCUUGUCCAAGGAGGAACAUGCAGAUAACUAUUCUCACAUGUCGGCAUGUCACUGACUAUAAAACCUCAGAAUCUACUGGCAGCCUUCCUUCUCCUUUCCUGAAAGCCCUAAAAACUCAGAAUUGCAAGGACACUGUCUGUUGCUCACUGCUAGAACAGCCGAACAUCGUGCAUGGCCUUCCUGCGGCAGUUCUAAGUUACUGUCAAGUAUGGAAAAUCCCUGCCAUUCUGUAUUUGUGUUAUACUGAUGUGAUGAAAUUAGACCUCAUUACCGUGGAAGCUUUUAAGCCUAUACUUUCUUCCAGAAGCUUGAAAGGCUUGGCUAAGAAUAUCCCGCAGGGCACAGAGAUACUGAAGAAAUUGAUGACAACAAAUGAGAUUCAGAGUAACAUUUAUACGUGAUCCCAAAGAUUGUUCUGUAAUGUCUUCUACACUGUGUCUAACUGUAGCCACCCCAGGCUCCAGAAGCAUCCAGUCCUUCCAGGGGAGCAGUGCGCACUGCUUUGAGGGCUACUCUGGAGGUGCUGUGUUCUGAGGGUGAUAAAAUGGAAUAAACUUUAAAAAGUU